UGGACCUACCACUCUGACUGGACAUUCAUCGAAACGAAUUGAUGACCUCCAGCUGUUUAUCCCCCACCGAGCUAGCUGAUAACGUUUUACUUUUCUAUCGCACACUUUUACGACCGAUCACAGCUGGACAUUGGCCUAGAGAGCCUUCAUAGUCGCCGACAAAUUCUGGCCCUCUUUCGGUGAAAGCCAAGACAUCGCCGCUCUUCCAGUCUCUCUCUCUCUUCCUCUCUCCCUCUGAAAAAUCCCUUCCUACAAUGCAACACGAUGUUUAUUUCCGCUUCCUUUUCGAUUUACCUGCGAAUUUUGAAGACGAUUUCAUAAUCUACAUUCUUGCGAAAAUCCGAUAAAAUUUGGACAAUCCGUUGGAUUUUACGGCAAUUUGGAAAGUCAAUAUUCCAAGAAAGGUAUGUAUGAUGUUCUCUUCCCAAAGUAUCGAAAGAUUUCAUUUUUUAGUGAUGUUUCUCCACAUUUCUCCACCGUGAAAGUAUUGUAGGCUUAAAGUUUAUGAAUCGUUCUUUACGAUGGAGGUACCCCCUGAACGGAGUUGAGAUGGCAAGUCAUAGAGACUUGCUGCGGGAGUUGUGUCGCCUGUGUGGGAAUAAGAGGGCAGUUGAAGCAGGACGGACACCAAUUGCAAAAGAUGCCUAUGAGAAGACCAUCAGACAAGCUCUGUCAAUACAAACAAAGGAUGAAGACGAUGACAUAUUCCCACCAUUUAUUUGCAUUCUAUGUGAAAGGAAAUUGGCAAGGUUCAAGUCUUUGCAACGGAAAAAGAAAGCUUGCACAGUCAACAUCAUCCUGAAGGAAUACAAAGAACACAAUGGUGAAUGUGAAAUUUGCAAGAAUGGAAUCCUGCCAAUUGAUGAUAUAUUUGAAGCUGGGAAAAAGGCGGCUGAGGAACAUGGACUUUCUUCCAGUAGGCAGCAUGAUAGGAUGUUGUUCUUUUCUAUCGUAGUACAGGGCAAGAAGAUCAGCGUCCCUAAGAGCACAACCAUUUACAAUGAUGGCACCUGGGAUGUAACGGUUGUUGGGAAGGACCUUAGCAGUUGGGCAAGCAGCAUUCCUAAGAUACUGAACACCAAAGUCAUCGUGGAGCUGGUCAGCAUGGUAGCCAGUGCGAAGAUCUGCCAAGGCAAUGCUGAUUAUGUAGAAUAUGUCAGGAAACAUACCUUCAGAAACUAUACCAUUGACUCCCACCUUUCUGAGGAAACAGUGCGCCAUAUUGCUUGCAAGGGCCUUGUUGUUGAUGGAGACAGAUGUAGUGUGUGUAAAACGACGAGAAGUGAUCUUAAUUCAAUGCAAAAUAGGAAAAAAGAAUCCACACCAAUGAAAUCCAGAGUCUCAUCGCACACCAGGUUGAACACGCUCACGAAAAAACAAUUGAUAUUCAGGGCCAAAGAGAUCCAGAAGAACAGGAAAAACCUCAAACUCAAACACAAUAGAUUGCAGGAGAAGGUGCGGACCAUUUUUCAAAAAGAAAGUGUGGAGAUGGCUCAUCAAAAGAACGCUGACAUUGAAACAAUUGUCGACAAUGCUGCUGAGGAAAUACAGGAUAAUUUGAAAGAUAAUUCACCACAGAAGUUGCUAUGGGAGGAGCAACUGAAGGCACGGAAAAUGAAGGAUAGACGGAGCAUCAGAUGGCACCCCUCCAUCAUUAGAUGGGCUAUUGCCAUCCACAGCAAGUCCCCAGCAAGCUAUAAGCUAAUUAAGGAUAGUGGACUUUUGAUGUUGCCAGCUGUUGGGACUUUGCAUAAAUACACCCACUAUACAGAUGCAAAAACUGGUGUCCACCAAGAUGUGAUUGACCAAUUUGUCAGUGGAAUAAAGUUCAGUAAUGAUAGCCAGAGGAACGUAUCCCUGCUUUGCGACGAAAUGAAAAUACAUUCCGGAGUGGUCUACUCUGCAUCCACUGGAUCUCUCCUCGGAUUUGUGGAUGUGGGGUCGAUAAACAACGAACUCAGGGCAUUCGAGAACAAAAUGGAAAGUAAUAAUGAAUUGGCAAGUCAUGCCUUUAUGAUAAUGGUGCGCUGCAUAUUCCUCUCCCACAAACAAGCAGUUGCUUUGUUUCCCACAUCAAGUUUGAGAAGCGGGGACCUAUACGACUGCAUACUCCAAACAGUGUCAGCCGUUGAAACAGCUGGAUUGAAAGUUCGAGCAAUAGUGUCUGAUGGUGCCACAUGCAACCGUAAAUUUUAUAAACUUUGCAUGCAAUCCACUGGAAAUUUUUCAGUUAACCCCUUCGAUGAAGAGAGGAAAAUAUACUUCUUUUGUGACGUCCCACAUCUCCUCAAGACAGCGAGAAAUAAUUUGGAGAAUGCAGGAUUCAACAGGAAGAGCAGGAACUUACAGUUUGGUGACAAGCACAUAAGAUGGACGCAUCUUGUGAGACUCUUUGAGUGGGAUUCUGGCUCCGAUUUGCGUUUGCUACCGAAGCUAUCUCCAGAACAUCUCUAUUUGACGCCAUCCCUGCGAAUGAGAGUCAAAUUGGCUGCUCAGGUACUCAGCAAAUCAGUUUCUAAUGCCUUUCGCGUCAUGAGCCAAGAAACUGGGGAUACCUCUACAGAAGGUACCAGGGAGUUUGUCGAGAUGUUUGACAAAUUCUUUGAUUGUCUGAAUGUGACGACCAAGUCAGAGGGUGAACGCAAGCGAAAUGUCAACCUUCUACCCUACCGUGACGUAAAUGAUGAGCGAUUUGAGUGGCUCAAGGAUGUCUUUUUGAAGUACAUCUCUGAUUGGGAAGAGAGCAUUGCCAGCACACCAAACCUGAAAGCAAUCGAGAGGGAGCGAAGGUGUAUCAGCAAAGAGACAAGGGAUGGACUUAGAAUUACUGUUAAUUCUUUUGUGGCGCUAACCAAGGAGUUACUAGUUGAAGAUGGUGUGGAAUAUGUUCUGUCUGAAAAGUUCAGCCAAGACCCAAUUGAAGAGUACUUUUCCAAGCAGCGUCACGCAGGUGGUUCAGGUGAUAAUCCAGGAAUUGACCAAGUUGCGAACAACAUGUUAACCUUUCAGGUUGCGGGUGCAGCGGUUGUUGCCUCUAAGUAUGGCAAUGUGACAAAAAGACUUGCUAAUGAUGACAUUGAUCAACUCCCUCUUCCAAAGAAAAAGAAGAAAUGAAGAGACUCAGACUCUGAACAAUCAUUUGGAUGUUGAACUGUUUAUAUCGUUUCAGGAUCCAGUGCUGUAUCCUCAUGAUUACAGACUACAUGUAGCUACAUUAACUGUAUAGUGUAUACCAUUUGAUGUUGUUCCUUGUCAAAAAGUUUUACAUCACAAACUGGUAUUAUAUCAUGCUCUGUUUAGGAAUGGAAGGACCUUUUUUCAAAUUUUGUUGCACAUAUUGCACUUUAGUCUGAGAAUGGACAUAUGAUUUCAGAAAUUGUGUUUGUUUUUUAAUUGAUUUCAUUUUUAGAACUAUAAAGAAAUGCCUCGCUACAAAUGCUUUUAGCAUGCACCAAGAGAACUUACACCUGAAAUCAGCAAACAAUGAUACUAUUUCUUGCUCUCUUUUGCAAGAAUAAUAAUAAUUUAUGAUGUAUUGACUUGCAUUGCCACAUUUUCAUUCAUCCGUCAGAUUUUUCUUAUAGUCAUAUUUGCUUAUAUUGGAAAUAGUUCCAAUGAAAGCUCGUUAUAUCUGCGUUUUAAUGACAAAGUUUAAUAUAUUUAUUUUGUGUUAUUGCUUUUAAAAUCACUUGAAUUAGCUGGUAGAAUGCUAUUUUUGGGUGAAUUU